AUGAGAUACGUACUCUUCUCCCUCAGCGCGUUUGUGUUCUACGCGAUCUUCUACUUUUCCUAUAUCAAUGGCCUCGAUGAGUUGGGAAAGAAAGCCGUGGAGUCCGGCAAGCUCCCUAGCAUCAAUGCGCCCCUGCGAUCCGUAUACAUUGGCUUCGAGCCUGUCGAUAAGCUCCUAACAUUAUUGACUACAUUCUUCUAUCCCUCGCUCGAUGGCUCAAACCCUGGUCUUUUGCUUCAUAGCAUUGGCUUCUCGGGUACCUUCGGGGCAGCAUGGACUCUAAUCGUCCUCGAGUCAUGGCGGAAAGGUAACAUCGGCACCAUUGCCGCUUAUCCAAUGGUCUUUGGCCUCGCAGCCCAGGUCCUGACAUUUGCAUUUGCAACCCCGUUACUCUGCGCUCUGCAGCUGGGCAGCUCGAUCACCGCGCGCCGUCCCCAUGCAGACAACAUCCGCGUGCCACGCGCGGUGCUCGCCGCGCUGCCAUUGAUCUUCGUAGUCGGAUUCAUGGUCCCAACUAAUAUCAUGGUUCUACCCGCCCCGGCUGUGAUUACAGUGGACGUGAAGCAAAUCGCUAUUGCGAUGUGGCACCCCUGGCCCGGCUACGUUUCGAUUCUGACGACAGUCGCAUACUUUGUUUUGUCGCCUUUCCUUGUCGAGAACCAGCGUGCAUCCAUGUCCGGUCUGCGCUGGGUUUACGCUUUUGCGUUUAUCAAUGCGUCGCUCUCGCAUCUCGUUUCUUGGAUUGUGUCUUUGGCUACGGUCGUCGUGCCCAGUCUGUUUGCGGAUUCUGUUCUGGAGAAGCUUCAUCCUGCGAAUGUCUUUGCUAUUCCUCUUCCUUGGUCGGGUUUGACUGUUGAUAAUGUUGGUGAUGGUGUUCACGCUUUCUUGCGUUGGGAUUAUUUGAUUGGCUCGGCUGGUAUUUUGCUUUGGGCGAUUCAGCUGUAUACUGUUGCUCAUAGGCAACUUAGUGCUGUUUCUUGGGGUAGUUUCUUGUUCAAGGUCACUCUUUUGACUGCUCUGGUUGGUCCUGCGGGUACUGCAGUGGAGCUCGUCUGGGAACGGGAUGAGCUCGUUUUCUCCGAGACUGGGGGCCCCAGGCAGCAGGUUUCUAAGACUAAGAAGUCCACCUAA